AUGUUUCGCAAUCAGUACGACACGGACGUGACCGUGUGGAGUCCGCAGGGGCAUCUGCACCAGAUCGACUACGCCAUGGAGGCUGUGAAGCAAGGCAGCGUGUGUCUCGGCUUGACGUCCAACAAGGUGGCAGUGCUCUGCGGCAUCAAGCGCCAGACUCUUGAACUGGCCGAGCACCAGAAUAAGGUCUUUAAGAUCGACGACCACAUGGGCAUCGCCAUCUCGGGCCUCACAGCCGAUGCGCGCACACUGGCGCGUUUUAUGCGCACGGAAAGCCUCAACCACAAGUUCGUCUACGGCAGUGCGAUUACUGUGGGACGCCUGGUCUCGGACGUGGCGGACAAGAAACAGGAGUGCACGCAGUCGUACAUUCGCCGUCCGUACGGCGUGGGACUGCUGGUGGCGGGUGUAGACAAAAAAGGAGUGCACUUGUAUCAGACGUGUCCGUCGGGCAAUUACUAUGAGUACAAGGGCAUUGCCAUUGGUGCACGAUCGCAGUCGGCGCGCACAUACUUGGAAAAGCACUUUGAGAGCUUUCCUGAUUUGGACAAGGACGAGAUCAUCCACCAUGCACUGCAGGGUGUGCGCGGCUGUCUUCAAGGAGACCAGGAGCUGACAGCGAGCAACGUUACGAUUGCUGUUGUGGGGAUUGACCAGCCUUUCCAGAUUAUUGAAGGCGCUGAGCUACAGCCCUACAUUGAUGCUGUGGAAGUGUCUGAUAUCAAGGAGGACGAGGAUGGAGAUGCUAAGAUGGAGGAAUAA